CUCCAAGUUACAUUCUUCUGCUACCCACCCACAGCUCCCCCUUGUCAAAAAGAACCUGUUAGUGGUGACAUUAUAAUUAUAGAUUUUCUUGCUCUAGGGGGUAGAAUCUAUGGGGCUUAAGAUAUCCUGUCUUUCCCUGAGUGCCAUGUGCAUCUCUGUCCCUUUGCUAGGUUCCAUCCGUGCCUAAGUAAAGUCUAUGAAUGCAGAGAGUAGUAUUUGUGGGCCAGGACUUACAUUACGUGGCUUUCAGCUUUUCAAACAACUUUUAUUCUGUUUCUUCUAGAACCUCCUUGCAGCUUCUCCUUGCCCCCAAUGUGACAGAAACAGUUGGGGCUGGCAUUUCACGAUGAUACUUGUUUCUCUUCUCAAUGUCUGUGUGCUCUGGGAUCUGGCAGCGAUUUUAUUUUUCAGCCUCAUUGUUCCAUUCCCCACUAUCCUGCCCACUGCUCCCACUUUUACUGUUUCCUCCAGGUUUUGAGAGGGUUGCAAAAUUUAUCAAACAUAGGUGUUUACUCAGGGAGCGGGCUUGACAGAUAGGUGGUCGAGUAACUUCAGUUGAACAUGCCUCAGAGCUGGGGGUGGAUUAAAGGGAUCAGGUGACCCAGCACGCAGUAAACCAGCUAGCCUCAGGCACAGUGGAAGUGGAUGGGCAGGCCAGUUCUGGAUGCCUGUUCUUCCUGAACCUGAAAGGCCACGGGGCAGGCAUCCUGCUAGAGCUUACCUGGCUAGUGCCGAGGCCUCACCAGUAGAAGGCAGUCACUGCUUACCUUUCAUCUGGUCAAAAAGAUUGCAGUUUGCUCACAGGUACUGGGCCCGCACAACAGGUAGAUGGCUGAACAUAUUUGAAUCAUGAGCUUUCCAAACAGGAACAAAAUGUGCUCCCAUUGAUGUGUAAAAUAUAAAGAAACUGAACCAGUCUGUUUUUUCCCUAUAGAUUCCUGCGUUUGGACCGUCCAAAACACGAGGUCACAAUGCUGCCUCUCUGUCACGCCCUAGCUGUAGCUGUCGUCCAGCUCUUUAUCUUCUCAGAAAACUGGGCAUUUGCCAAGAACAUCAACUUCUAUAAUGUGAGGCCACCUCUUGACCCUACACCAUUUCCAAAUAGCUUCAAGUGUUUUACCUGUGAAAAUGCAGCGGAUAAUUACAACUGCAAUCGAUGGGCAGAAGACAAAUGGUGUCCACAAAAUACACAGUACUGUUUGACAGUUCAUCACUUCAACAGCCGUGGAAGAAGUACCUCCAUCACCAAAAAGUGUGCCUCCAAGACUGAAUGUCAUUUUGUCGGUUGCCACCGCAGCCAAGGUUCCGAACAUACGGAGUGCAGGUCUUGCUGUGAAGGAAUGAUCUGCAACGUAGAGCUACCCACCAAUCACACCAACGCGGUCUUCGCCAUAAUGCACGCUCAGAGAGCAUCCGGCAGCAGCGUCCCUGUGCCCUGCCUACCUGUGCUCGUCUGGGUCUUUGUGCUUCCGUUUCUAUGAUGCCACCAUUCCUUGGAGGGGCAGAGACCAGCCCUCGAAAACACAAGCCAUCAACAAUGUGCACGGUGGACUUUGGCAUGAAGAGCAAUCUUGCACUUGGUGAAGAGUGCACCUCGGACCCCAGGGCAGAAGCUGGUGGUUUGCUUGGAUAAAAUACGCCCGUGUGAGACCAUAAGACCAAGCAUGGGAAUUUAGCAAGAACUGAGAAGAUGCUCCACCUUCCAGGCUUGUUGGUCAAAAGGGAGCUCCAUUUGGCCAGGUCUGCAGGGAAGAUUCUGGCGAUUAGUCCCACCCGACUAGGCCUUUGGCUGCAAGGGUUUGUUGACCUUGUUGACAGGGGGAUGCCAGGGCAAACCCUCUUGUUUCUGUGAUUAGUUCAGAGUGUCUCUGUGAAGUCUAACCCUUCCCCCUAUGAGAGAGCAGUUUCCCCCACCAAUGGCAUCGACAAUGAGAAAGGCGACUACCGAGAAAACUUGCUGUUGAACUAACUGUUGAAAUCCAUUUGCUAAUGGUUGGGGGGAAAUAAAGCUUUUAAAUUAUACACUG